AACAUGAAAAUGGUGUGUUAAUUGCUUAAAAAUCAAGGUGUCUUGUGGUAAAACCUACUGCUAUUGGGGAGUUGUAAUGCCCAUCAGAACAACUUUUUCUUUGUUUUCGAAAUAAUUUCAGAUACAGACAACUCUUCAGGGAAGCUUGUGGUGGGACUAAGGAACUGCUUUCAUUUAGGUAGUAAGAUGAAGAAAAUCUAGUUUUUUAUUUGAUAAUGUUAAGGAUAACUGAAGCAGAUGGAAACAAAAAGCAUAGUAAUAGAAAUAAAAUCCAGCAGUAAGCUUUUUUAUUUUUUCAAUUAAAAAAUUAGACCAGAGUUUAUAGUUUUAUAACACUGUUAUGUUUUGAUACCUACUAGAGCUAAGUCUAGAUGAAACAAAAAAGUGUAGAAUUAAAAGGUCGAUCUAUCAUGUACCAUUUGAAGAAAAUUCCACAGGUUUCUGUGACUGAUUCCCUUAGCCAAAUGCUAUACUUGUGUGCCGAAUUUAUUGCCUAACCUUAUUUUAUUUUUGAGUCUUUUUUGGGGAAUUAAAAUGGUUCUACUCAUUGUUGGCAUGACCUCCUCUCCCCUCCCUUUAAAACAAUUUAUCAUUCCUCCACAAAAGGGGUGUUGUGAUCUGGAUCAAAGUAAUUGAAACAGUAAAUAAAAUGUUUGUAAAGUAGCCCCUUUUAAAAAUUACUAUGAAUAAUGUGGAGAUAAUGUCAAGAUUUCUUUUUAGUAAGUACAGACAUAAACAGAAAUGUAGGCUUUUUUAUGUUUAUUUAAAUAUCUGAAGCUUCUGUAGAUUUUAGAACAGUGUUUCACAAUAUCGGCAGAUUUCCUUUUUAGCUAAAACAUGGUUAACAAGAAUAGAAUUAUUCUAGCUUAGGGAAAAAUGUAAUACUGUUGUAUAAGCCUGAAGUUCAUGCUGUUUUGAAUCUGAAGCCUAUUCGUUGAGUGACUAUGGUUCUUACAUCUAUGAUUUAUUACGUGGGUAUUUCUUUUCACUAUCCCAGCCUCUCAGGGUAAUCUCUAACAUAGUUGUUACUAGUUCUGUAGUAACCCAGUGUGGAAAGCCAGUUGGAAUCAGAUUGUUUGCAGCAGGUUUGUGAGCUCCAUUAGUAGACAGACUAUCAGGGUUCCGCUUUUAGGGGAAUCUUCUUGCUUAGACAAAUGUUGCCCAUGGUCAGGUGGAGCUGGUUAGUCUAGCAUAGGUCAUUUCAGGCGAAGCAUUAUUCAAGGCAGCUCUUCAUUCAGCCAAGUGAGUGGUAUGACCCACUGGAUGACUGGACCUUCUUGUGUCUUUAAGAAUGUGUCAGAUAUGUGGAGUGCUCUACUUCAGAAGGAUUCCUGCAAAUAGUAUCACUAUGUAUGGAAGACCUUAGUACCUUGUUCUCUUUGAUCACUAGAAAGCCCCUGCUUUCAAAAAACACCACAAAACUGUGAUUUUAACAUAAGUCAAUAUGGAAUUUUACACAAGACAGUGUUGUUAUAUACAUUAAAUGCUACGGCUGAGACUAUUAAAUGUCUUCAUGAUAGGUACAUUUGAUGGAAACCUCACAAAAGGAUGAAAACUUUAUAAAAAGCCUGUUUUCAAAUUGCUAGGUCUGAUUCUUACACACAUGUGACCCAUCACCAAAUAUGCCUGUGAAACUAGCAAAAUAGUCUAUAAACAAGUAAAAAUCCUCUCCAAAAAGAUCCUAUUUAUUGUCAGGUGAACUUAUCAUAAUGCUUUAAUCAAAAAGCUCUUUAUCAAAAAUGUAUAAAAAAUUCUUAAUACUUUAUCAUUAUUUGGUAUUUGUGCUAUAUUACCUGUGUCUUAAGAGUGCUUUUUAUAUUCCUUUUUAUAUUUGUGUUCUCCCUUUUUCCCGUGUGUCUUUGUAAUCCCCAUUUCCCACACCGCUGUACUUCUUCCCAGCCAUAAAAAUAGCUAAUUGUUUUAAAUGGCCAUAAUGAUGUCACCUUACAAUAAAUUUGAAAAAUGACUUUUAGGCAUUUAUUAGGUUUUAGGUGGUAUGUUUAAUGAUCAUUUUGAUAUAGAGGUAUCUGUAUAAUUGUAGGGAGUAGAGGCUAAGAAACCAGAAGAGAUAGGUAAAGAUUGGGCAGCAUCUAUGUCAUUUAUUACUGGGAUCUAGGAUUGGUGGGUAUUUUCUAGCAUAUUACAGAAUUUUGGGGUGAACUUCCAAAUUCCUUAAUAUCCUUCGUGUGUUUGGGGUGUUGUCUUAUGAUUUUUACAUUUGUAGAUUUUCCUUAUAUUUGUCACUCUAAGAUUAAGUAGAGACUGAUUAUGUUCUAAGUUAUUCUUACAUAGCCUUGUGUUUUCUAUUUGAAGUUUGUGAUGGAUAGGACAUUUUGACUGGUAUUAGCACUGCAGUCAUUUCAAAACACUCCCAACCUUUCUACCUCCACUAUUUGCCUCUCCCUCUUUUGACUUUAGAUUAGAAGAUUCUUUUGCUUACUGCAGACAUGAGGCAAAAAUAGCAGUGAUGUGUGAUGCAAGACUGCUCAUGGAAAUGUGGACUAAGUAGUAGUGAGUAUCGUUCAGAAAAAUCUCUUGAAGAAUUGAGUAAACUUGUGCCACCAGAAUGCCAUUGUGUGCGUGAAGGAAAAUUGGAGCAUACACUUGCUCGAGACUUGGUUCCAGGUGAUACAGUUUGCCUUUCUGUUGGGGACAGAGUUCCUGCUGACUUACGCUUGUUUGAGGCUGUGGAUCUUUCCAUUGAUGAGUCCAGCUUGACAGGUGAGACAACGCCUUGUUCUAAGGUGACAGCUCCUCAGCCAGCUGCAACUAAUGGAGCUCUUGCAUCAAGAAGUAACAUUGCCUUUAUGGGAACACUGGUCAGAUGUGGCAAAGCAAAGGGUGUUGUCAUUGGAACAGGAGAAAAUUCUGAAUUUGGGGAGGUUUUUAAAAUGAUGCAAGCAGAAGAGGCACCAAAAACCCCUCUGCAGAAGAGCAUGGACCUCUUAGGAAAACAACUUUCCUUUUACUCCUUUGGUAUAAUAGGUAAGAGAAGAGAAUCAUCAUGUUGGUUGGCUGGUUACUGGGAAAAGAUAUCCUGGAAAUGUUUACUAUUAGUUUUGGCUGUAGCAGCAAUUCCUGAAGGUCUCCCCAUUGUGGUCACAGUGACACUAGCUCUUGGUGUUAUGAGAAUGGUGAAGAAAAGGGCCAUUGUGAAAAAACUGCCUAUUGUUGAAACUCUGGGCUGCUGUAAUGUGAUUUGUUCAGAUAAAACUGGAACACUGACGAAGAAUGAAAUGACUGUUACUCACAUAUUUACUUCAGAUGGUCUGCAUGCUGAGGCCUGCAUGUUUGCAGAAAGAAUACUUUGGAUACUACUUUUGUCAAAGUCACAGGUUACUGGAGUUGGCUAUAAUCAAUUUGGGGAAGUGAUUGUUGAUGGUGAUGUUGUUCAUGGAUUCUAUAACCCGGCUGUUAGCAGAAUUGUUGAGGCGGGCUGUGUGUGCAAUGAUGCUGUAAUUAGAAACAAUACUCUAAUGGGGAAGCCAACAGAAGGGGCCUUAAUUGCUCUUGCAAUGAAGAUGGGUCUUGACGGACUUCAACAAGACUACAUCAGAAAAACUGAAUACCCUUUUAGCUCUGAGCAAAAGUGGAUGGCUGUUAAGUGUGUACACCGAACACAGCAGGACAGACCAGAGAUUUGUUUUAUGAAAGGUGCUUAUGAACAAGUAAUUAAGUACUGUACUACAUACCAGAGCAAAGGGCAGACCUUGACACUUACUCAGCAGCAGAGAGAUGUGUACCAACAAGAGAAGGCACGCAUGGGCUCAGCGGGACUCAGAGUUCUUGCUUUGGCUUCUGGUCCUGAACUGGGACAGCUGACAUUUCUUGGCUUGGUGGGAAUCAUUGAUCCACCUAGAACUGGUGUGAAAGAAGCUGUUACAACACUCAUUGCCUCAGGAGUAUCAAUAAAAAUGAUUACUGGAGAUUCACAGGAGACUGCAAUUGCAAUCGCCAGUCGUCUGGGAUUGUAUUCCAAAACUUCCCAGUCAGUCUCAGGAGAAGAAAUAGAUGCAAUGGAUGUCCAGCAGCUUUCACAGAUAGUACCAAAGGUUGCAGUAUUUUACAGAGCUAGCCCAAGGCACAAGAUGAAAAUUAUUAAGUCACUGCAGAAGAACGGUUCAGUUGUAGCCAUGACAGGAGAUGGAGUAAAUGAUGCAGUUGCUCUGAAGGCUGCAGACAUUGGAGUUGCGAUGGGCCAGACUGGUACAGAUGUUUGCAAAGAGGCAGCAGACAUGAUCCUAGUGGAUGAUGAUUUUCAAACCAUAAUGUCUGCAAUUGAAGAGGGUAAAGGGAUUUAUAAUAACAUUAAAAAUUUCGUUAGAUUCCAGCUGAGCACGAGUAUAGCAGCAUUAACUUUAAUCUCAUUGGCUACAUUAAUGAACUUUCCUAAUCCUCUCAAUGCCAUGCAGAUUUUGUGGAUCAAUAUUAUUAUGGAUGGACCCCCAGCCCAAAGCCUUGGAGUAGAACCAGUGGAUAAAGAUGUCAUUCGUAAACCUCCUCGCAACUGGAAAGACAGCAUUUUGACUAAAAACUUGAUACUUAAAAUACUUGUUUCAUCAAUAAUCAUUGUUUGUGGGACUUUGUUUGUCUUCUGGCGUGAGCUACGAGACAAUGUGAUUACACCUCGAGACACAACAAUGACAUUCACAUGCUUUGUGUUUUUUGACAUGUUCAAUGCACUAAGUUCCAGAUCCCAGACCAAGUCUGUGUUUGAGAUUGGACUCUGCAGUAAUAAAAUGUUUUGCUAUGCAGUUCUUGGAUCCAUCAUGGGACAAUUACUAGUUAUUUACUUUCCUCCACUUCAAAAGGUUUUUCAGACUGAGAGCCUAAGCAUACUGGAUCUGUUGUUUCUUUUGGGUCUCACCUCAUCAGUGUGCAUAGUGGCAGAAAUUAUAAAGAAGGUUGAAAGGAGCAGGGAAAAGAUCCAGAAGCAUGUUAGUUCGACAUCAUCAUCUUUUCUUGAACUUAAACAAGAAUGUCUUCUGCAGGGGGUUCAGGUGCUAUGUCAUCAUUCUUCGGUGAACCACCUUAUAUACUCCUGUGAAGUGCCUGUGACCUCUCAUCUAAUAUAUUUAGGAGAAGAUAUACACCAGGGUAGUAUACUUAAAGGGACAUUAUUAGACUUUCACUCCUUUACUGCAAGGCUGGAUAAUUUUCAGUGGAAUGGUCCUGAAAUGGUUAGAGAAAGGAACCUGACUUAUUACUUCUGCUGGAGGAGGACACUUUUAAUCAAAGAAAAACAUGAUAGAGGUAAUUCAGUGGUUUUAAGAAGCAGUGUUGAUGACAACCCAGGAAAUGGGACAGUUAUAUUAAUAUAAUCUCCAGAUUAGCCUCAAACUCCAGGAAUUAAGGUAGGGAGGAUUUGGUAUAACAAAGGUCUUAUAUGUGUGUGUUUUUGUUUUGUUUUGUUUUGUUUUGUUUUUUGAGACGGAGUCUUGCUCUGUCACCCAGGCUU